AUGGCACUCGCAUCAUCAGAUCCCUACCCCGAACCCCUCGACCAGCUGUGGGAAAUAGGCCGCCGCCUCUCACGGGACCUCGCCAGACUCAACACCCAUCGCAGACCCGACAGAGCAGCACUUUCGAGCAUCCGCCGAAGUCUGAACCACCUGCAAGCAAUGUCGCACCCACCAAGCCCGGCCAUCCGCAAAAGCCAAGUCAACAUGGCCCUGCGCGACCUCGCCGAGUGCCAUGUCGUCGACGAAUCCCUCCGACAGGAAGCUCGGACCUUGCACGAGACCUUCGCCCAAACCCUGCUCACCGACGCCCUCAUCCACUGGUCUCCCGCCGACAGUCCUUCGUCCGUCCUCGUCCUCAUCCACUGGUCUCCCGCCGACAGUCCUUCGUCCGUCCUCGUCCUCCUCCCCAUCUCGGACCCUGCCGGCCUCGUCCUUUCCGAAAACGACCACGGUGCACAACAACAGUCCUCCUUCCUCCUCCGCUUCGACUUCGACUCCGACGACUCGGGCGCGUCCAUCGCCCUGAACCAGCACGCCGUCGACCUCCUCCCCCGCACGCCACCAACGCCACCCCUCCUCGUCUCCGCCCACCAAGUACUCACCAGCGCCACCACCCUCAACGCCUCCGCCCUGUGGUCCCUUUCUACCUCCUCCUCCUCCCCCCACCACCAGCCACCCCCACAGCACGCCGCCCCGCCCCUCUACAACCUCGCCAUAGCUCUCACCACCCACCCAUCCCUACCACCCCUCCCCCCUCCCAACCCCGACCCCGACACCGACACCACCACCGCUUCCACCACCGCCGCCCUCUCCCCCACCCUCUCCCUCACCUUCGACAUCCUCGCCGCCACUGCCGCCACCACCACCAACGAUCACAACACCAUCAACACCAACAACAUCCUCUGCACCCUCCGCCGCACCUCCCUCGCCGCCCGCUAUCUCCUCCUCCCACCGCUCUCCCCCCUCCUCGGCAGCAGCAGUAUCGGUGUCGCGUCGCCGCGACCACCCGUCGUCGUUUUCGACGACCAGAGGCAGCGAGGUGUGCGGGUGGACGUGCGGCGAGGACGAGGACGAGGACGACGAGGCGGCGGCGGCGGCGGCGGUGGAGGGCGGGUGGAGGUGGAGAGGGUGGAGGUUGAGAAGGUGGAGUUGGUGGAGCGGGGGCGCUGGCGGGGGGCGGGGCUGGAGGAUGGGGCUGGUGGGGAGGGGGAGUGGGAGUGGGAGUUGCGGGGAUUGUUGGGAGUGCCGCCGGGGGAGGAGGGGAAGGGGGAGGGGAGGGGAGGCUGGGGGUGCGGAGUGGGAGUGGGAGUGGGAGUGCUGUUGGAUGUGGUGGUGUUGGUGGUUGUUGGGUAUGUGGUGGUGGGGGUCUGGGCGAGGAGGAGAGGGAGGAGAAGGCAGUGGCGGGGGCGGGGGCGGGGGGGAUGUGUGGAGGGAGGGGAGAAGGGAGGAUGCGGUGUUGAGGGAGUGUUGCUGGUAGUGGUGGAUGAGAAAGGCGGGGGGAUGUGA